CAUGGCCUCUGCAUUGUCUGAGGAGCAGUUUUGGUGCAGCAUCUGUCUGGAUAUCUUCAACAGUCCUGUCUCCAUCCCAUGUGGGCACAAUUUCUGUCUGGGAUGCAUCAAAUGCUUCUGGGAUACAAGACCUAAGUCGGAGUGUCCGCUGUGCAAAGAAGCCUUCAAACGCCGCCCGGAACUCAGGAUCAACGUAGGCUUAAAAGAUAUCACUGAGCAAUUUAAAUGGUCUCUGAAGGACAAGUCAAAAUGCAAACCAGCUCCCCCAAGGAGAGGAAUUUCAAGACAGGCCUCCAAGUCUAAUGAAGUUCCCUGUGAUGUCUGCGAGGGAAACAAGUCAACAGCGGUCAAGUCGUGCCUCGUCUGCCGGGCGUCCUACUGUGAGAUUCACCUGACACCUCAUAUAAGGGAUCAAUUGAUGACGAAGCACAUGCUGACAGAUCCAGGCACCUUUGUCACCAGUCACCUCUGCAGAAAUCACAACAUGCUCCUGGAAAAGUUCUGCAAAAGAGACAAGACACCUGUUUGUGUGAAAUGCAUAGAGAGGGACCACAAACACCAUGAGAUCGUCCCCAUGGAGAAUGAGAGCAGAAGGAUCAGGACUCAGGUGAAGAAGACCGACACAGAAAUUCAACAGAUGAUCCAGACCAGAAUCAGAAAGUUUGAGGAGAUCAAGGCUUCAGUGCAGUUGAGCAAAAUAAAUAAAGAAAGACAGAUACAGACAAGUGUUCAGGUCGUCACCAUGGUGAUGAGCGCCAUUGAGAGAAACCAGGCUUUGUUUAUCGAUGAGAUGGAGCAGAAGCAGGGAGCAGCUGAGAGGCGAGGGGAAGAGCUCCUUAAAGAGCUCGAGCAGGAAAUCAAUGAACUGCAGAGGACGCGCAGUGAACUGCAGGACCUGGAGCACACAGAGGACCCUCUUCAUCUCAUACAGAGUUUCCCCUCUCUGAGCGCCCCAUUGUCCACCAGAGAUUGGUCCGAUGUCAGAGUCCAAUCAGACAACUAUGUAGGAACAGUGAGGAGAGCUUUCUCCAAGCUGGUGGACCUCUGCCAGGAACUCGAAAAUAAACUGUCUGCAGAAGAAGUAAGCAAGGCCAAUCAAUAUGCAGUGGAUGUGACUCUGGAUCCUGCAACUGCUGCAGGCUGGCUGAUUCUGUCUCCAGAUGGAAAAAAGGUGAGCCUGGGCUUCCAGCAGAAGAAACUCUCUGUCCCUGAUGAUCCCCGCAGGUUUGACUCCUGUGUCUCUAUUCUGGGGAAACAAAGCUUCACCUCUGGAAGACACUACUGGGUGGUUCAGGUUGGAGAUAAAACCGACUGGGAUCUUGGCGUGGCCAAGGAGUCCAUCAACAGAAAGGGUCUCAUCACAGUGCGUCCUGACAACGGUUACUGGGCGAUCUGCCGGCGGAAAGGUGGCAGUCUCAGUGCCUGCGCCGGCCCAUCUGUCACUCUCCAUCUCCAGGAAAACCCUCAGAAAGUGGGAGUCUUCCUGAACUACGAAGAAGGGUUGGUGUCCUUCUAUGACACAGAUGCAAAGACUCACAUUUAUACUUACAGCAGAUGUACCUUCACAGAGCCUCUAUAUCCAUACUUAAACCCCUGUCUUCAUGAUAACGGGAAGAACACCGCCCCGCUGAUUAUCUGUCCUGUUGAGGCUAGGUUUGCUGAAGGGACUGUAGAUUUUUGAAUGAGAGAUUCAGGCCACACUUGUUCACAUAGCAAAGUCCAUGCACAUUUCCUUAUCUGUUAGGAUUUUAUUUUUCUGAAGAGAACAUUUAAAUUGGGUGCACACCACAUACUGGUAAAUAAGGUCUAAACAGUGUCUUUAUACAUCUAGUGGCAGAUGACCCCAUCACAGCUGUGUCCACACAUCAGUUGAUGAAGAUCCUUCUUUUAAAAGAUACACUGAUGUCUGUUGUAGUCAUGUUUUAAAAUCCCCCAAAUCAGUGAUCAAGAGAUGUCAACUUUAAAAAGCACACGUAUUUGAAUAAAUAAUACAAUUGUUAACACUGAAAUACACAUUGUUGGCUAAUUUUCACCAUUGAUAAGUUGUGGACAUCAACUCAUAAGCCUGGGCAAGUUUAUGGGUUUGUAGUGUCACUCCAGAAAUGUCUUUUGUGUUGUAGUUCCAAACUGAAGCCUGUAGGCAGCAGGUAAUCGUCGCAAGCAGAACUGUGUGCAGUUCUCCAUCUCCCUUAUGCCUUAAAGGAUUGGCAUGGUUGCACCCUGAUUUGGCCAAGAGGGGGGUGCACCAAGCUGCUUUCAAUCAUUAUUUAGGAGUCAGUCCUUACACCCUGCAACAGGUGAUCUGAAUAACCCUGUAAUCAGGAAUGAGGGAGUGCUACAAACUGAAGGAUUAAGUUUGCCUUCAUGGGUUAAUGAAUUCUCCUAGAAACUAUUUAAAAUCCUCCUGGGUUCUUCAGAAACCUCUGAGCUCAAGUUGACUUUUUAGAGAUAUUUGGUUCUCACAAGGCAGCAAUGCCGCAAACACAUGAUGAUCUUAUAGAAUAUGAUGCAUUGCUGUAGUUUACACUAUAUAAAUAGUUUACACUAUAUAAAUGUGUUCA